AUGUUUUGGGAGUUAUUUCUUAUAUUUGCUUUUUCGUUAAACGGUUGUUUAGGUGGAAGUUGCAGAGAAGCAAAUUUAUGUUGCCCCGGUAGGGACUCUUCUUGCGUCGUACAAAAAGCUCCAAUAAAUGCAAUUAUCGAAGAUUUAAGUGACAAACCGUGUUAUUGCGAUCAUGCUUGUUUAAAAUUAGGCGAUUGUUGCAGCGAUUUCAAAGUGGCAUGCGGGGGAUUUCAAACAUUUAGAUUAGUUAACAUAACAAAACAUAAUCAAAUAAAAUAA